UCUGUGUUUAUGCGCGGUAAUAAUUGCGUAAUCCACACCGCCCACCGGAAGAGUCUUAAGACCUUCAGGUAUAAAGUCGGCAACUCACUGCGCAUAGAAAAGUGUAUCACUUUACAGUUAUGGAGCCAUCUAAGGAAACCACCGUGUGCGUUGCGCAAGUCUUCAGAGGAACAUUUGUGCACUCAACCCUCGAAGAUCCUCUUGAAGUACUGGAUAAUACUGUUUUAGGAGUGGACAAGAAGGGAAAGAUUGUCUUCAUUGAAAAGGGUGGAGAUGUGAAAAGCCUUUCAGACAAAUGGGGAUUUCUAGACAAAGAUGUUAGACAGCUGGAUCCGCAUGAGUUCAUCAUGCCAGGACUGGUGGAUUCACACAUCCAUGCAUCACAGUACAGCUACUCAGGCACUGCUCUGGACCUGCCUCUUCUGCAGUGGCUCAAUACAUACACAUUCCCUGUGGAGUCCCAGUAUAAAGACCUGAAGUUUGCAGACAAGGUCUACAACAAAGUUGUGAGAAGAACUCUCAGAAAUGGUACCACAACAGCCUGCUACUUUGCCACCAUACACACCGAUGCAUCUCUACUGCUUGGUGAAAUUGCAAAUAAACUUGGGCAGAGAGCACUGGUUGGCAAGGUGUGUAUGGACCGUAACGAUGCUGUUAAUGACUACAAGGAGAAAACAGAAGAGUCCAGUGGGGAGACCAAACGUUUCAUCCAGAAGCUCAUGGAAAAGAAGUAUCCCCAUGUUAGACCUAUUGUGACCCCUCGCUUUGCCAUAUCCUGCACUUCUGGUCUUCUUCGUGAAUUGGGGGACAUCGCUAAGAACAGCAACCUUCACAUCCAGAGCCACAUCAGUGAGAACAAGGAGGAGUGUGAGAUGGUGAAGAAGCUGUUCCCAGAUUUGAAGUCCUACACUGAUGUUUACCUAAAACACAACCUUCUCACUGAUAAGACUGUGAUGGCUCACGGCUGCUACCUGUCCGAUGCAGAGCUUCAGGUGUUCCAUGGCACUGGAGCCUCCAUCUCCCACUGUCCCAACAGCAACAUCUCGCUCUGCAGUGGUAUGCUGGAUGUUCGCAAUGCUCUUAACCAUAAAGUAAAAGUCGGACUGGGCACAGAUGUGGGUGGGGGCUACUCACCCUCUAUUCUUAAUGCUAUUCGGAGAACUCUGAUGACAUCCAAAGCUCUCACCAUCCAAAAUCCCAGCCACCAGACCUUGACCUUCGAGGAGGUCUUCAGACUGGCCACGCUAGGAGGAAGCCAAGCCCUGUCACUGGACUCUGAGACGGGUAACUUUGAGGUGGGAAAGGACUUUGACGCCCUGUUGGUGAAUGUAUGUGUGCCUGAGGGGCCAAUGGACAUCUGUGGUCCAGAGCCUACUAAGGUCCUUCUGGAGAAGUUCCUGAAUUUAGGUGACGAUCGCAACAUUUGUGAAGUGUAUGUGGCUGGCAGGAGGGUUGUUCCAUUUGCAGACAAAGCUUCAUAAUAAUGGAGCUGCACUUUAUCUGUCUUCGGAAGUGGCCAAAGGAGAACUUAGCUGUGUCUGUUUUGUUACAUCAAACAGGAAAUCAAUUACAGGAAAUAUUUUGAAAAUGUUCAGAGUGAUGCCAGUAAUGAUUUUGUAACACUCCAAGCGGUGACUGUAAAGGUACUUUAUGUACUAUGUAUAUGUACUUUGAGUGGUUCAUAUUAAAGAAACAUUACCUUCAGCUGUUAACAUUAUUAAUGUGAAGGGAAGCAUGCCGUAACGAAACCAUAUUAAUGGCCUCCAUGUGUUAACCUCAUAACUGAAGAUAUUUUGCAACAUCAAUCUAUAAACCUUCGCUAAUAGUUGGGAAAUUCGGGAAAGUAGUUGUAAGUUGAAAGUAUGUUGGGAAAUAGUUAAGAAAGUACGGUACUGCAAUAUCUGAAUAGAGACAAACGAGCUGGACAUCUCCAGUUCCCUAGUCAGGUUGAUGCUCACCCUUUAUCUUUUGUAUACUCAGGUUGAUUUAAAAUUAUCAUAAAUUAUUUCAUGCAGAUAUGGUGCACAUGUUUUAAAUAACAUGUCACAUUUUCAGAAAUUGUGCUUUUUGCUGUAUCGUUAUAAUGCAAUAUUGUUCUAUGUGGCAUUCUUAUUUUUUUAUGUGUUUUGUUUCCUUGUGUUUAAUAUUUUAAUUAAUUGCUUUAUAAAUAAUAGCUUUAAAAUACAUCUUUUUUUAUUUGAUAUGACUAAAAAAUGGAAAACCAAAUAGGCUAAUACUACUUCAAGCUGUUUUACUGUGUCAGUGUUGGGACAAUGCACCAGUACCUUUCAAUUAAACCGAAGUGUAAACUCA